AUUUUAAAUAUCACCUAUACAAACUGUUCUAUUUAGAUUUACUAGAAAGUGACUUGGAGAACGAUGUAGAGGCAGUACGGAAAGCUCGAUAUUUCUAUCAGUCAUGUAUGAAUGAAACACAGAUUGAGGCACUUGGUAUCAGUGUAAUGACGGACCAUCUUGAUUCGAUUGGCGGGUGGCCUGUACUGGGCACGAAGCCCGGGGGUAACUGGAAUGAAUCUUCAUUUGACAUUAUGUCAGAUCUUGUUUCCAUCAGAUAUAGCGGCGUGUCACCUUUCAUCCAAGUAUUUUUAGGAUUAGACGAGAAAGAUAGUGGAAAACGCAUGAUAAAGAUAGGAGAGGCCAAACUAGGUUUGACCACCAGGGAUUAUUAUUUUAAUGCUGAGCACCAGAAUUUACGAGAUGCCUACUUAAAAUAUUCUAUCAAUAUAGCGACACUUCUUGGUGCUGACCCCGACACGGCAAACACUGAUAUGAAAGCUGUAUUUGACCUAGACAUGCAGCUAGCAAAUCUUAGCUUAACAAAAAUAGAGCAACGAAAUAGGGACGAUGCCUACAACAAAAUGACCAUUGAAGAAUUAGAACAUCAUUACCCAACACCGACGGAAGGACACGUGAAGAUGAACUGGCACGAGCUUAUUCAGGGAAUUAUGGGACUAGCUGAGGAAAAUAUAACAAUAGAAAAGUCAGAGCCUAUUAUACUAACAGUGCCGAAAUAUUAUAAAGAAAUCUUUAAAGUUUUAGAGCAACAAGAAGUCAGAACGUUAAGAAAUUACAUGAUAUGGUCAGUGGUGCAACAAUAUGUGCGGCGUCUACCAAAACGAUUUGUCGAUGAAUUAGCGGAAUAUAGAAAGGCUCAUGACGGUACGAAAGUUAAAGAAUCUCGCUGGAAAAAGUGUUCUCAUAGAACCACAAGAACUUUUGGUAUAGCUGCCGGUAGAUUGUUUAUAAAAGAAACGUUUGAUGAAGAAUCGAAACAAAAAGCAUUAGAUAUGAUACACGAUAUCCGAGAAGCUUUUAAUGAGCGUCUGAGUGAUUUAGAGUGGAUGGAUGAGCAGACGAGAGCUGUUGCUAAGGAAAAAGCUUUGCACAUUCGAGAGAAGAUGGGAUAUAUGAUUUUUAUUUACAGUGAGAUGGAAAUAAAUAAAGAUGAAUAUUUCGGCAACAUGCUCCGCAUUACAAAGGUUUGGACCAAAAAUGCACUGAAGUCUUUGAGAGAACCCUACAAGAAAGAAGAUUCAUGGUGGGAAACAGCCCCGGCAACAGUAAAUGCAUACUAUACGCCUUUGUUAAACUUAAUAUCAUUUCCUGCCGGGAUGUUACAGCCCCCGUACUACAGCAAGUAUCAACCGAGGUCUAUGAACUACGGCAGUAUUGGAUUCCUGAUUGGUCACGAAAUUACACAUGCAUUUGAUGAUGUAGGACGGAAAUACGACAAAGAAGGCAAUCGACGACAAUGGUGGAGUAAUGAGGCCAUUCAAAGAUUUACAAACAAAACCAAAUGUAUAAUUGACCAAUAUAACAAUUAUGUUAUGCCAUUGGCAAAAAUAAAUUUAGAUGGAGAAUAUACUCUAGGUGAAAACAUUGCCGACAAUGGAGGUGUUCAGCAAAGUUAUAAGGCAUAUCAAAACUGGCGACAGAAAAGUGAGACAAAAGAGCCGAGAUUACCUGGAGUUAACUUCACACAUAAUCAGUUAUUUUUUAUUAAUUUUGCUCAGGGCUGGUGUGGGGUAGCUACAAAAGAGUUUGAAAUAAACAUGGUACCUACAGACACGCAUAGUCCUGGUAGAUACAGAAUUAUAGGGACAUUACAGAAUAAUCAGGAAUUUUCCGACGUGUUUAACUGUCCAGUAGGAAGUUAUAUGAAUCCAGAACAGAAGUGCCAUGUGUGGUGAUAGUAGUUGUUAUAUACCAUUGUGCAGUGUAUGGUUUUUUAAACCAUUUUUGUUUGUGUUAUUCUAAUUCAGGCUUGACAAUUCGAGAUUUAAUCCGAUAUAGAUAUAAUUGAAGCAACUAAGUGUGUUAAACAUGCAUCUAGUGAUGAUUCUGAUUAUAUAAAUGGUCUACAUAUAACAAAUCAGAACAAAGAAAGGGACACACACAAAAACUUGUUUAAGAUGCAUGCAAUCUUAAAAUAUAACUUUUGAUAUGCAUAUGGAUAAAACAGAAGUGAUAAUGUGUAUAGAGAGAUUGAGAUUUGAUUUUACUGAGAAAUUAGUUUCAAUGUAAGAAUACCUGUAAACAUACGACUAUAUGUAAGUAUGAGUCGAGAAUUUGUCACCCAUUAGCAUUAUGUUUACCGAGUGUGUUGCAUAAAUUGGUGAACCUCCUAAAAUAUUAUGCAUGGAAGUAUAUUUUUAUGCAUUGAAUAUAAACAGGAUAUUUAAUUAGUACUCUUUUACUAGUAUAUGUUUAACAAAUUUUGUCAUGUUUCGCAACCCUCUGUGUCGUAUACAAUACACAGAUUAAAUAUGCGCCAAGAUGACUCAAAGGAACAAAUAUUCUGGAAAUUGUAGAUUCCUCGAAAGAAUGUUCUUUAUUUCCAAAGGACUAGAAAAUUACAACAACACAACUCUGACAAUAUGUCAUGGAAAAAAUAAUCUGGAAAAGGGGAGAUCUUCGGGAGCAAUGAAGUAACAGUUGCAAAGUCAGUCGGAUUGAGUUCACGUGAGAAAAUCAAUAGUGCAACAUCUUUUACGCCCCCUAGCACCGGCUUAAGCAAACCAGCGUUUUAGCAACACAAGCUUUUAUGCAGCGGGAAGUGACGGAAAUUGACGAACAUACACGAAUACCUCAAACAUUUUUACCGAUGGCGAUAUUAAUUAUUGAAAAUUGAAGAAAUGCAAGCUUUUAAAAAUGAGAAUGUGAAUAGAGAAAAACAAUUCAUAAAAAAAUAAAUUAUUAUGUAUUUUUCAUUCAUUUCAGAAAUCAGGUUUUCCUCUCAUUUUUUAGAAUAAACUUUACUAUCAUUCUUUGACUUCACAUGGGAUAUUAUUUCUUAUUUUAAAAUAGGAUUCUUCUUUUUAAAUAGGACUGUUCUCCCAUUCUGGGUAAGAGAAUUAUCUCCCAAUGUUAAGUCCGAUGAUAGAUACAUAUAAAUAAAUAAACUAUUUAACCACUAAUACAACAUAUUUAUGAUAUUAUGAAAUUGCUGGUUUUACCCAUGAUUUUUCUCGUUGAAGUUUUUAUCACAUGUUUGUUCGUUUUGUUUAUUUUUGGCCGGGUUGCAUUGGUGCAAACCCGGGUUAAAGUAUCUGCAUGUCGGGCGGGCGGGGAAAAAUUUUCGUGACAGUUUUCUCAGCAACUACUUAUCACAGCCCCUUGAUAUUUGGUAUACAGCAUCAUCACAUGGUCCCAUAAUAUGGGAUUUGAUUUCAGGUCUGUCGCUCAUCCACUUCCUGUUUGCCAACUUAGUUAAACUUUCAACAGUAAUGGUCAAUGGUAGGAAAUUUUCGUAACAGUUUUCUCAGCAAGCACUUAUCACAGCCUCUUGAUAUUUGGCAUACAGCAUUGACACAUGGUCCCAUACCGUGGGAUUGGAUUUCAGGUCUGUCGCUCAUCUACUUCCUGUUUAUCGACUUAGUUUAAUUUUCGACAUUAAUGGUCAAUGGUAGGAAAUUUUGGAAACAAUUUUCUCAGCAAGCACUUAUCACAGCCUCUUGAUAUUUGGCAUACAGCAUUGACACAUGGUCCCAUACUGUGGGAUUUGGUUUCAGGUCUGUCGCUUAUCCACUUCCUGUUUAACAACUUAGUUAAAUUUUCGACAUUAAUGGUCAGUGGUAGGAAAUUUUCAUAACAGUUUUCUCAGCAACUACUCAUCACAGCCUCUUGAUAUUUGGCAUACAGCAUUGCCACAGGGUUGCAUACGGUGGAUUAGAUUUCAAGUCUGUCGCUCAUCCACUUCCUGUUUAACGACUUAGUUAAAUUUUUGACAUUAAUGGUCAAUGGUAAACAUUUUUUGUAACAUCACAGCCUCAUAAUAUUUGGUAUACAAAUGCAACCCGGCCUUUUCUGUCUUUGACCCAUUUUUUUUAAUUGGAUAUCCUGUGGAUAUAAAAUAUCAUUUGUGUAAUAUAUUGGUAUAUCCAAAUACAGGCUUAUAAGCCAAAAAUGUUAAAAUUCGUUUGAUAUCACAUGCCAUGGUAUUUAAAAAAAGCCGAUGAGGUUUCAAAUUCCCAUGGGAUAACCUACUUCAAUCGCUUAUGCAGGUUUUUUGUUAUUUCACUCGAACUUGAGUCUAAAAAGAACAAUUCAAAAGCCCCAGAAAUGUUUCUCUAAAGCUUUGUAAUUUUCGUGCCCUUUUUGAAUUUUAAAAAAAGAUACUCAUUGGCUAUUUACCUAAACCAUUUAUUAUUCGUUUCUGAGUCAUAUUGUUUAGCACUGGUUUUAUUCUUCUAUAGGCACGCUUUUCGUGUUCCAUUAUCCAAGUGCAUCUAUUAUAUGAUUCUUCUACCAUCAGAUUUGGCAAAAAAAUAAAAAUUAGCAGAUGCCACGUUAAAUUAAAAUUAUUUUUUAAAAGGUUGCAUUUUAACCAAUCAAGAGACGCGAAAAAAACAAAAUAUGAUAAAAACGGUAUAAGAUAAGAAAAAUGCGGUCUUUUCUCGAGUUAAAAUAGUUUCACUAAAUGUAUCGAUUUUCACCUACUUUCCUUAAGAGUGCCUCAUUUGUAUUGAAUUUAAUGUAUUGUAUUUAAUUGUCCAUUCAAUAUUUGUAAUUGUUUAUUUAUAUUUUUGAAAAAUAAAGUGUUCUACAGAAAAAUCACAA